GAAGCAGAAGUAGUAGUAGAAGAAGCAGAGGCAGAGGCAGCAAGUAAAUAACUUCACUCGCAUGUUUUUAUUACUGAAAGUUGUUGUCAGCGGUCUAGCUGUAAAAUGUCCGCUGUAAAUGAUCAGUAUACUUCUCAUCGACCUGAAUUUGAAGAGCUGCCAUCAGACGAUCACAGAUGGCUUAACGUUAGGGUUACUCCUCAACCUGUCCACAGUGCCAGGCAGACCGUGCUAAACCACCAGCGACACCGGACCAAUGGCAGCCAAACCCAGCUUCGAGCUCCAAGUGAUCCUAGCACCACACAGCUCUAUGAGGAUGGCUCAGCCACAACAGAACCUCAGCUGGAUGACUGUGACCGCAUGGGGACUUUGUUUGGAAUGCUCAACAAGUGUCUGCGAGGAAUGGGCUUCAGCCAGAUGUACCUUGGGGACAAGAUAGUGGAGCCAGUGGUUGUCGUCUUCUUCUGGCUGCUGCUCUGGUUCCUGGGUAUUCAAGCUCUGGGACUGGUGGGAACUUUGUGCAUUGUCAUCAUCUACAUCCAAAAGGAGAUUAGCUACAGCGCCAUGGGCUGUAAA